UGCGGCUCGGCCUCGCCGCCUGCCGCCGCCUGGCGCUGCCGCCGCCCUGCGCCCGGCCCGCCGCCUCCAUGGCCUCCCUGCUGAUCCAGCGGCCCCAGUACGCCUGGCUCCGCGAGCUGGGGCUGCAGGAGGAUAACGAGGGCGUGUACCACGGCAGCUGGGGCGGCCACGGCCAGGUGGUGACAACGUAUUGUCCAGCUAACAAUGAACCGAUAGCUAGAGUCCGCCAGGCCAGCUUGGAGGACUAUGAAGAAACAAUCAAGAAAGCUAAAGAGGCAUGGAAGGUCUGGGCAGAUAUUCCUGCACCUAAACGUGGAGAAAUAGUGAGACAGAUUGGUGAUGCCUUGAGACAAAAAAUCAAAGUUCUAGGAAGCUUGGUCUCUUUAGAGAUGGGAAAGAUUUUUGUUGAGGGUGUUGGCGAAGUUCAGGAGUAUAUUGACAUCUGUGACUAUGCUGUUGGCUUGUCCCGAAUGAUUGGUGGACCUGUUUUGCCUUCAGAAAGACCUGGCCAUGCCCUCAUAGAACAGUGGAAUCCUGUGGGGUUAGUAGGAAUCAUCACUGCAUUUAACUUCCCUGUAGCAGUGUAUGGCUGGAACAAUGCAAUUGCAAUGAUCUGUGGGAAUGCUUGCCUCUGGAAAGGUGCUCCUACAACGUCUCUCAUUAGCGUAGCUGUUACAAAGAUAGUUGCCAAAGUUUUGGAGGAUAACAAAGUGCCUGGAGCAGUCUGCUCCUUGAUAUGUGGUGGAGCAGAUAUUGGCACAGCAAUGGCAAAAGAUGAAAGAGUGGAUCUUCUGUCUUUCACUGGCAGCACUAAGGUGGGCAAGCAGGUUGCACUUACGGUUCAAGAGAGAUUUGGCCGGAGUCUUCUAGAGCUUGGUGGAAACAACGCCAUUGUUGCAUUUGAAGAUGCAGAUCUUAACCUAGUCAUCCCCUCUGCUUUAUUUGCUGCUGUGGGAACAGCAGGCCAGAGGUGCACCACUCUCAGAAGGCUGUUCUUGCAUGAAAGCAUCCAUGAUGAGGUGGUGGAGAAGCUUGCUAAGGCCUAUGCCCAGGUCUGCAUUGGUGACCCAUGGGACUCCAACACUCUGUAUGGGCCUCUCCACACUAAAGAAGCAGUGAAGAUGUUCCUUGAAGCUGUGGAACAAGCCAAACAGCAGGGUGGCUCUGUUGUCCAUGGUGGCAAGGUUCUAGAUCGCCCUGGAAAUUAUGUUGAGCCAACAAUUGUGACUGGCCUUCCUCACAAUGCAUCCAUUGUGCAAACAGAGACAUUUGCUCCUAUUCUCUAUGUGCUGAAAUUCAAGGCAGAAGAAGAAGCUUUUGCUUGGAAUAAUGAAGUAAAACAAGGUCUCUCCAGCAGCAUCUUUACCAAGGAUCUGGGCAGAAUUUUUCGCUGGCUUGGGCCUAAAGGAUCAGAUUGUGGCAUUGUGAAUGUCAACAUUCCAACUAGUGGAGCUGAAAUUGGAGGUGCUUUUGGUGGUGAAAAGCACACUGGUGGUGGAAGAGAAUCUGGCAGUGAUUCAUGGAAACUCUACAUGAGACGGUCAACUUGCACAAUCAAUUACAGCAAGGAUUUGCCUUUGGCUCAAGGAAUCAAAUUUCAUUAACAAUGUCAUGAAUGGGAUUGUUCUGAAAACGCUUAGCAUUUCAGAGGCUUGCACCUUUUAAACUUUAUGGUGGAAUUGAAAUUAUACUGCACAGCUACAGUACUUUUAUGCCAGAAAGCCAAUUGCAGUAAAUCUUGCUUCAGUUUCAGUAAUGUAUCAAAUGGUUAUGUCAAAUAAAAUGUAUGUGAUCUUCAGGAAGCAGGAUUUGCCUCCAAAAGAUGCUGCGUUCAAUUGACUUGCACAAUCUUCAGAUGCCUUUCCUGUGUGUCUACACAAUUUCUGUGCCCUAGCAAGCGCUGACUUUGCUGUGGGUGUGGUAGGAAGAUCCACAUUCCUGAAAUGCAUGUUCAGUGUUUAACCAGCAUCUGGUCCCAUGAGGGACUAUAGUACAGGGGCUACUUUUAAAUGCAUAAAUAAAACAGCAUUCGAGAGA